AUGGCUAUGGUACUAAGCCCUCCCCAGGUCACAGAUUCUCGCGACACGAAAGACAGCCGACCAGCACCACCGCGACCGCAACCACAACGCGCCGGCACGCGCAUAAUAUCAGUCGACAAUGUGCUGCAAUAUGCCAGCGAAAUACCCUCAGCGCAACGACGAGCUCCACCUGGAGUGCGGCCAUCACAUCACAGCCGAACACCGUCUGGACGACACCCUCUAGAUCCGAAGCUCAGGGGGAGGGGGGUGCCAUUGACAGCGGCGCACAUACCGGCCAGGAGUAGCAAGACGAGUGAAAAGCUGGUAUUGCUGCCAGAGACUGCUGAAGAACCUGAUUCGCCGGAAGAGGAUGAGGAUCGAGCACCGCCUACGGACGAGGAGCUGAAGAGGAGACGGAAAGGAGGCAAGAGUGAGGCUGAACGUCUGCCAAAGAGCCAGAGAGUGGCAGAUCCGCAGCUUGCAAGAGUCACAGCAUAUUGUACAGCGCAGAGCUACAAGCUGAAGAGCACAGCGCAGUUUGUGAGGGAACAACACGGUGCGAAGACGAAGCUGUACGAUGAUUGUCUGUAUUGUGUGUACCAGCUACCUUUGCUAGGAGGCAGCGAUGGGUACCGCGUACGCAGCAGUCCUGUUGUCAAGCAUCCUGGUGGGCGGAGCGUAUUGGACGAGCAGAUCGAGGCCAACGAAAGGAGACAGUAUCGAGAAGGCUGGGGCGAGGAGAGUGAAGAGUACUCGGUGCGAGGCAAUGCAUCACCCUACGACGGCACACCAAAUCAUGGCACACCACCUCAAGAAAUGGAGCAGAAAGACUUCGAAGCAUCAGUCACGACCAAUGGUAUACACGACUCCUGGGACCAGGAACGAGAAGCGCGGAGGAGGGAAAGCAGCGACUCCUCGGCCUUCAGCUUCCCAUCACCUCAUGCUGGCGUCGCACCCAACGCUCAUACAGUCGCCGAACUCUUCAUCUUCAGCUAUGGCGUGGCAGUCCUAUGGAACUUCACACCGAACCAAGAAAAGGAUCUCCUCGCAGACAUGACUUUCUCCGCCCAGUCCGCCAUGCCCUCCGGCAAGCACCAAGCACAACACCUUUCGCAAAAAGCCGCCGCCCUCGCACCACCUUCAGCACUCCCGCUCAUGACCCGGCCGCUGGACGAAAGUGACUUUGAGACAGAGGAAUUCCACUUUCAAUACGACAACACAGCUGAGAAACCACGGAUAUACAACGACAUGAUCACAUUACGGACGAGCGAUCAUAUGAUCAAGCUGGCAAUGUCUCACGCUAUCGCUCAGAGCACGAAGCUUUCAUUCUUCGAGGAGAAGAUGCAGAAGACCAUGUCCGAAGCACAGUACGUCCCGCGCCAACUGGCGUUGGAAGGUAGCCUAGGCAUGGAUCGGAAAGAGAUCGUCGGUCUAGUCGGUCGUCUCUUCGAAGGAAGAGUCGAGGUCAACCUUUCCUCCAACAUGCUCGACACCCCCAACUUCUUCUGGGACGCCGAACCCACCCUCCACCCCCUCUACGACGCAGUCCGCGAAUACCUCGAAAUCAAACCCCGCAUCCAAGUCCUCAACGAGCGCUGCCGCGUCUUCCUCGACCUGGCGGAAAUCCUCUCAGAUUCAAUCGCAGAUGUGAAGAUGACGAGGAUUACGUGGAUUAUUAUUAUUCUGAUUGUUCUGAGUAUUAUUGUCACGUUGAGUGAGGUUUUCCUGAGGUUUGGCAUGUUGGCGAGUGGGGCGAAGAAGGAGAGGGAGGAUGCUGCUGCUGCUGCUGCUGCGAUGUUGAUGGCGGGGUGGGUGCCGUUGGGGCCGAUGGGGAUGGUGGGGAGUGCGGGUGGGAGUGGGAGUGGGAGUGGGAGGGUUUUGGGGGAGUUGUGA